ACGCAGCUCUGAGACUCACCUGUUCAGACAGACCUCACCUGCCCGCGCGCGCCUCACCUGAGUCCAGCAUGUCGUACAGCAGCCAGACGGUUGCCCCCAGCAGCAGGCGCCCCAUCAAGAGCCUGGACUCUUCCGGGAAAUGCAAAGAGAAGGAGGAGAUGGUCGGACUCAACGACAAGUUCGUCCAGCUGAUUGACACGGUGAAAAACCUGGAAAACGAGAACCGAAAGCUGGAGGAGAAACUGAAGAUCCUCAAGUCGAAGGAGGACUACGCCGGGAAGGUGGACGAGAUAGUGCUGCGGGAGAAGGUCGACCUUGAAGAGCAGGUGGAGACUCUGCUCAAGGACCAGGAGAAGCUGAAGGAGGAGCUGGCUCUGCACCACGAUGAGGUGGCGAAAUCCAAGAAGAGGUACGAGGAAGAGAUAAACCAUCGAGUUGACAAGGAAAGCAAAUUUGUCAUAGCCAAGAAGGAAGUGGAUGAAGGGCACAUUGUAACUGUUGACCUCAAGCUGCAGCUGGAGGAUCUGUGUGGAAAGCUGGAGCUCCUCAGAGCUGGAUAUGAUGAGGAAAUCAAGGAGCUGGAGUCUCAGGUCCAGAAUGAGACCAAGAUCAUCCCUAACUCCAACAAACGCUCUCUGGACCUGGAGCCCAUCAUCAAAAGCGUGGAGGCGAAGUACGCUGACAUGGCUUCUCGGGCCAAAGAGGAAGCAGAACAGCUGAACCAGAAGAAGAUGGACGUUUUGGUCCAAACUGCUGGACAGCGUGAGCAGGAGGUGCGCGACAUCAGGAGGGAAAUCGCAGACCAGAUCCGCAUCAUCCAGAAGCUGAAGGGGGAGCUGGAGACUCUCCAGAGGAAGGAAGAGUCGCUGAGAAAGGACAUGGAGGACGUGAGGGUGAGAAAUGACAACGACAUAGAAAACGCUCGCUUUGAAAUCACCAAACUGGAGGAGACGCUGAAGAUCAGGAAGAGGGAGCUGGCCCAGCAGGUCCGUGAGCACCAGGAGCUUCUGAACCUCAAGCUGGCUCUGGACAUUGAGAUCGCCACCUAUCGGGAGCUUCUGAAGAACGAGGAGGAGAGGAUGAGGCACACCAUGCGCCACAUAGACGCUCAACGGUCGUCGGAGCCCCAGAAGCCCCCCUCCAGAGAACCCACUGUUGUCCCAGACUGCCCCGUUGCCCCGGUAACCAGCACCUCCCCCGAACCCAUCCAAACCCCCACAGCGCCAAAGAAGCGGCUGCUGAUUCGGUUGGAGGUGUCGUCGGGCCGAGUGGUGUCAGAAAGUUCCCAGUACACCGACUGAUCCACUCCAACUCUGCUCCAUAUCCACAAAUGUGAAUUUAUUAUUUAAUAUUUUUAUUCGGUUAUCUAAAGAAAUAACUUGUACUAAUAUUAUUUGGUGAUCCGACAGCGGCUCCACGGCAGGUUCAACGAUUUGCUGCAGUCUGGGCUUGAAUUUGUUCACACUAGUGUUUGUCUUAUCUUCUUUACAGGCGUUCAGCCUUUGGGUUAAUUUUUCUGGUAUUGCAGUUGUUCUCUUUGGACAUCAGUCACUUACAAAAGACUACAAAGCCAAAGUAAAUCAUAAAGUCUGCCUGAAAUCUGUGUUCUGCUACUCUGUCUCUCAUCUCUGUCUGAUAGAAAAACAAAUAUUGAGCUGCUCAAAAUGAUCUUUUUGGGGAAAUAUCAGCAUCCUGGGAUGCAGAAACAAAAGGUUUCUGUUGGUUCAUUGUCCUUCCAGUUCACCCAUGUUCUCGUGUUUGUCUGCAUAUCUGAACUUUGUAGGAUCUUGGAUAAAAACAUCUACUGUUAAUAAAAAACUAACAAAAA